AUGAGGGGGAGUACAAGGAUAUCGUCUACUCCAUCUCCAGGGAUCAAUCAUCGAACUGAACGGAAAAACAAUUUGAAAAAUGAACUACUACGAAAAUAUCAAGAACUGAAUCAUAAUAAUAAUAAUAAAAAUCAUAAUAAUGAUUUUGAAUCAGAAGAUAUCUUUGGAAAUAGUCAAGGUGGAGUUGAUUUUGAUAUGGCUCAAGAGUUUGCUACUAUGCAUUUGGGUUUUAAAAAGAAAUUAUCACCAUCUACUAAUCUUGGAUUUUCACCAGUGGAUACUAUAUCUACAUCAUCACCCAAAAUUUCAGUUUUAUCACCUGCUAUGAGGAGUGGUAUAGCAGUUAGUGGGAUUGAUAAUGCUAAUGCUAAUAACAGUUCCAGGAGAGUAGUUACACGAGAUGAUCUCAGCUCAUAUAGUGAAGGAGAUGAUACUGAUAUAACUUCUCAAUUAGAUGAUGAAGAAUUUGAAGAUAUCGAUAAUAUCUUUGGAUCUGAUGAAAGUGGGAUAUAUAAUAAAAUGAAUAAGAUUUUGAUUGCCAAACAAUUGAAAUUACAGCAAGAAUCUGAAUUAGAAGAAGUUGAAAUAUUGAAGAAGAAACAAGUACCUCAAUUACAUGAUCCAAACGGUACUUUAAAGCUCAAAGAUUUCCAACAGAUCAACGGUACUAGCAUCAAUAUUAACAAUAAUAACAAUAUUAACCAUACAUUGACGGAUAGGAAUUUAACUUUGUUAGAUCAAUUGGAAAAUGAACGAACUAUCAAUUAUGAUUUCGUAAGAGAUGAUUUUGAGAAUUUUGAAGAUGGAUUUGAUAAUAAUGAUUUUGAUACCAAGAUAAAGCAUAGACCUGGCCCACCACCUACAUCAGGGAGUAUUAGGAAUAAAGUUUCUAUGCCAUCUAUUCUUAAAAAGGCUAAUACCCAAUCCUCGAUUCAAUCAAUACGAAAAUUCAAAUCUACCGUUGAUUUUGGAGGUAUAAUUAAUAAUAAUAAUGAUGAUGAUGAAGAAGAUAGAGGCUAUAAUUAUAAUAAUAAAGUUAUUCGAAAAUUAGAUCGAAUUCCAUCAUUUUAUAAUUCACGUCCUGUUUCAGAAGAAAGUACGAAUCAAAAACAAUUAUUAAUUAAUAAAUAUAAAGAAGCAGAAAGAGGUGUUCACAGAAAGAGACAACAACAGCAACAACAGCAACAACAGCAACACACACAACAGUACAAAACCCAUGAAACAGGUAGAACAAAGAUGGGGACGAUUAAAAGUAUCAAUUCUGUCAUGUCAAACAAUACCAUUUCACAAAAUUCAAAUAUGAUUUAUAAUUAUGGAGAGAAUCGAUGGGAAGGGAAUGAGAUUGAUUUAUUAAGAUUUGAAAAUUUACAUAAACCAUCAUUAAUAACGUUGAAUGAAGUUAAACUUAAUCAAGCCAAUCGAAUACCUACUACUUCUAAUGAUAAACAUACGAACAUGAUUUAUGAUAAAGAGAAUCGAAGAUGGAUAAAUUUAGAUGAAGAAGAUAAUGAAUCUAUAUUUAAUGAUAUUGAUGAUUUAGAUGAUUAUAAGAGGCCUUUACCAACACAACCAUCAUCAUCAUCACAACAACAACAACUGCAACAAUUUUGGGAUAAUGAUUAUAAAUUAUCAUCACCUCCAAAAAUGCCUAAAUCAUUUAGUUCAAAUAAUUUACGAUCCCCGAUUUCAAGACGUGGUUUAAGUCAAUUCACUCAACGUACUGUUUCAAGCAGUGUUGAAGAGAAUGAAGAUGAAGGUCAUAAGGGAGAAUAUAGUGAAUUUAUGAUUUCAAAUACGUUAUUUGAAAAAUUUCAAAAGGAAGAAAUUAAAAUUGUAAAAAAGAUUCAUAAUUGGUUUAAUCAUGAAGAAAGUUAUGAUUUUAUUAAUUAUAAUAAUGGAGAAUUAUUCAAUCGAGAUUAUUAUUGGGAAAUUCGAAAAUUAGUUAUUGAAAAUGAAUGA